AUGGAGAAGAAAUACACCCAAGACCACGAGUGGAUUGAGCUCGACACAGACGGCAAGACCGCAACGCUCGGUAUCUCUAAACACGCUGCCUCUGCACUCGGCGACGUCGUCUAUGUCGAGCUGCCCCAGGACGAUAUGGAAAUCGUUGCCGGAGACGCCAUCGGCUCCGUCGAGUCUGUCAAAUCGGCCUCCGACAUUCUCACACCCGUCAGCGGUCAAGUCGUCGAGACGAAUAAGAUUUUGGAGGAGAAGCCGAGCGCGCUGAACAGUGAUCCAGAAGGCGCGGCCUGGAUUGCGAAAAUCGUGAUUGAGGGCGCGAGCUUGGAAGAGGCAGCGAAAGACAGUGAGCUUAUGGAUGCAGAGGCAUAUAGGAAGUUCACCGAGGAGGCGAGCGAAGACUAA